UAAUAUACAAUUGACGAAUAACAUAUAUAAAUAUAAAGGAUGGAUACCUUCGAUGUGUCGGACCGAGACAGUUGGUAUUUCGGACCGAUGUCUCGUCAAGAUGCAACCGAAGUGCUAAUGAAUGAGCGCGACCGAGGUGUAUUUCUAGUACGUGAUAGUAAUUCCAUCGCAGGUGAUUAUGUUUUGUGUGUAAGAGAGGACACCAAAGUUAGUAACUAUAUUAUAAAUAAGAUACAACAAUAGAAUCAAGUUUUGUAUCGAAUAGGGGAUCAGUUAUUUGAAAACUUACAAAAAUUGUUAACUUUUUACACAUUGCACUAUCUUGACACCACUCCGCUGAGACGCCCUGCACCAAAGAAGGCUGAAAAAGUCAUUGGUAGAUAUGACUUUGAGGGUAGUGAUCAAGAUGAUCUCCCUUUCAGACGUGGCGAAAUCCUAACUGUAAUUCGCAAAGACGAAGAUCAGUGGUGGACGGUCAGAAAUCAGCAGGGACAAAUCGGUCAAAUUCCUGUACCUUAUGUUCAAGUAUGUGAGAAAAAUACAGAUGAUAAUUGUACUGAUCGGYCAUUAUCGAGUGGUGGCAAUUGUGGCACUACUUUAGCACMURGUAACAGYUUUCGUUCYCCGCCUCUAUCAAGUGUAGCUUGCRAARAUGAUUCCACGRUUCAUUCAACAUCUGCGAAUUGCCAUAAGCUUAACAAUUCGUUGAAACGAUUCGAUUUAAAUCGAAAACUACCAGCGUUUGCUCGUGUUAAACAGGCACGUGUACCCAACGCSUACGACAAAACUGCACUAAAACUUGAGAUUGGCAAUGUAAUUAAAGUAACCAAAACUAAUAUAAAUGGCCAGUGGGAGGGGGAGCUUAACGGAAAAAAGGGACAUUUUCCAUUCACACAUGUGGAGUUCAUUGAUGACUGCGAUCCGAUACAUAAUGCUGAGGAUGCAACAUUGAAGGUGGUUUCUGUGUCAAGCCUAAAUAAUGACUGGGUGGAGUAAGAUAAUCAUGAAUGAUUAUUCAUAUUACUUAUUACGAUUGGAUAUAAAUUAGUAAAAAUAAUCAAAUGGGUCAAAAAUAAUUUAAAAUUUCACACAUUUUAUAAUUUUUAAAUUUGACAUUAAAUUUGAAUUUUGACCGAUACUGUGCAAUUCGUAAAAAAGAUUCAUUAAAAAAUAAUUAUUAAACAUGUGCAAGUUAAUAAUUACUACUAUACAUAUAUCAACAUGUUGCUACACUGUAUAUUACGAAGAGAUGUAAAUGAAAGUAGUACCGAAGAAAAUUUUAACCGAUUAAGAAUAGUGACACUCGACACUCUACGUUUUUUACAUUAGUUAGUUUAUUUUAUAAAAUAUCUGUUUUUGUUUAUCUGGUCACGUAUUUUAUGC